AUGUUUAUUACGAUAUUUCUGUUGCUUAUUGCUUUUGUAAGAAGUGAUAUUCCACGUGAUAUUCCUACUUUUUCAAUUGAUCUUGAUCUUGAUCCAAUCGAUAGAUGGUCAAAUGUAAUACCGAAUUUUUCGCAGCCAAUGCAUGAGUUUAAUGAUGAAAUUCGUGCACAAAUUCCUCAAGUGUAUAUUGAUGUAGCGGAAAUAAUCGCGACGCAAUUAGAUAAUUAUAUUCCUCAACCAUAUCAUGAUGAACUUCAUUCUAUUGCUCGAGCAAUAUCAAUGUUACCAGCUGAUAUUGUUCUUAUUAAUCUUGUUUAUGAACUUCGUACGUAUUGUACAAGUUUACUUGUUCGUACAUUAGAUGGUACUAUUUUACAUGGUCGAAAUCUUGAUUAUGAUCUCAAUACAGAUUUACUUCGUCGUUUAACAUUUCAUGGCAGAUUUUUUCGUAUGUCAAAUCCAACAUUGGAAUAUGAAUCAAUUCAUUUUGCUGGCUCCAUUGGUUUAUUAACUGGCUUACGUAAAGACUAUUUUAGUUUAACUAUUAAUGAGCGUGACAAAAAUAAUAAAGAUUGGUGGAUAAAUGCAUUAAUGGCUAUUUUACAUUUACAUGCGAUGCCAUUAUUUAUUAUUACACGAACUAUUUUUGAUAAUCCAUUUAUGUCUUAUAAAGAAAUGAAAUAUAAACUUGAACGUCGACAUUUAAUUGCACCUGUUUAUUUUAUUUUAACUGAUGGUCAAUCAUCGGGUGCGAUUAUAACGCGUAAUCGCUUGAAUUCUAUCAAUCCGAUUGAAUUAAAUUCAACACUUGUACAAACAAAUUAUGAUCAUUGGUUAGAUGACCCAAUCAAUGAUCCCAGGCGUACAACAGCUGAAAAUAUUCUUCGAACAUUUAAUUUAACACAAAUGACAAUAGAUAAUAUUUUUAAUAUUACAUUGUCUGUCAUACCGGUGCUUAAUAGAAAUACAGUUUAUACAGCUAUCAUGAAUCCGGCUAAAAAUCAAGAAAUUUUUGCAAAAAUUCGUACAUUGAAAUAG